AUGUCGAGUCCGCCCUUGUCUACAACCCAGUCCGGUGCUUCCGGGAAGCGUAGCAGAAGACCCAGUACGACUGCUUUACUCAAGAACCCUCCAUUGCGUGAGGAUGACCAAAUUAGACCUUAUGGGUCGAACGAUGACGUCGAUAUCAAUAAACCAGAUCCACAAGUGGUAGAUAUUGUUGCCCGCCAUCUGGGGCAAAAACCUUUGCAAAUGCAAAGUGGUGAUAUGACCAGAGACCUUUACAAAUGGACACAGGAACACCCAGUGGGCUCACCGCUCGCUGGAGACUCCGGAAUCCCUAUGCCGCAAAGAAGGAGAUCAAUCAGUUUCUCUGCACAAUCCAUACACUCAUCUACCAAUCAGUCUACAAAUGAUCAGUUGGAACUGCCGCCGCAGACUUCCAUGACCCACGACGAAAUCACUGCUCCCGGUGGCUUUCGUAGAUCUUUUUUGUUGCACAAGCAUCAGCAGAGGUACGGUGAUGAUGCUCCACCUCCCAAUUUCAUUACGCGAAACUUUAUCGAGUUCUUGACCUUGUAUGGACAUUUUGCAGGUGAAGACCUUGAAGAAGAAGAUGAUGAAGAACCAGCUUCUGACGAAGAAUCACUGUUGCAACCUCGUCGUGGCCCCAAGGAACAUGAACGUCACAAAGCUAGUACUUUUAAAGCAGUGUUGUUGCUCUUAAAAUCGUUUAUCGGUACAGGUGUGCUUUUCUUGCCCAAGGCCUUUGAUAACGGUGGCUGGGCUUUUAGUGUGGUAUGUCUAUUCGUAUGUGCCGUUGCAUCAUUCUUCUGUUUUAUUUCGUUGAUUUCAACAAAGGAGAAAGUCGGUGUUAAUGGUUAUGGUGACCUUGGUUUGAGACUCUUUGGUCCAAAGAUGAAAUUCUCGAUCCUUCUCUCAAUUGCACUAUCUCAGAUUGGGUUUUCUGCAGCCUAUAUCGUCUUCACGGCUACUAAUCUUAAAGUAUUUUGUGAAAACGUUCUCGGUGUCAAACCAGACUCUUUUGGUCUUGCCACUUACAUCAUAUUACAAACGUUGAUUUUUAUCCCAUUGUCUUUUACAAGAAAUAUUACAAAAUUAAGUGGUACAACCCUCGUCGCAGAUCUCUUCAUCUUACUCGGUCUUCUCUACGUUUAUUACUACCCAUCGUAUUAUAUCAUAAAACAUGGUAUUGCAACAAGCUCGAUGAAGCUGUUUAACAAGUCAGAUUGGUCUCUAUUCGUUGGAACUGCAAUCUUCACCUUUGAAGGUAUUGGUCUCUUGAUCCCAAUCCAGGAGUCUAUGGAAAAGCCUCAACACUUCAAUAAAUGCUUACUCGGUGUCAUGUCAGGGGUUGCAUUCGUCUUUAUCACAAGUGGUCUAAUCUGUUACUCGGCUUUUGGCUCGAAAGUCGAAACUGUCGUCCUACUAAAUUUCCCACAGGAUUCUCCCUUCACCAAAUCAGCCCAAUUACUUUAUGUUCUGGCAAUCCUUUUAUCCACGCCGUUACAAUUGUUCCCUGCCAUUCGUAUCCUCGAGAACUGGACUUUCCCAGUAGAUGCAUCGGGCAAGCAUAACCCACAUAUCAAAUGGCUGAAAAACUACUUUCGCAGUGCCAUAGUGAUCGCAACAUCGCUAAUAGCAUGGGGCGGUGCAAACGAUCUAGACAAAUUUGUCUCACUGGUCGGAUCAUUCGCCUGUGUCCCAUUAAUCUACAUUUAUCCACCGGCACUACAUUUCAAGGCGUUCAAGGACAAGAACGCUUCCAAAAUCUCACUCGUCACAGAUGUGGUCAUCGCGUCAGUAGGUGUGAUCAUAAUGUUAUAUAACACCUACCAAAGCAUCCUCAUGUGGGGAUCCUAG